AUGGAGCUGGAUGAAUAUCGGCGCUAUGGGAAGGAGUUGGUGGACUACAUUGCGGAAUAUAUGAGAACGGUGCGCCAGCGCCGCGUUUUCCCGGAUGUGAAGCCCGGGUUCCUGCGGCCCCUGAUCCCGAUGUCUGCUCCCCAGGACCCCGAGAGCUGGAGUAGCAUCUUCGCCGACAUUGAGAGGGUCAUUAUGCCUGGGCUCGUCCACUGGCAAAGCCCGCACAUGCACGCUUACUUCCCGGCUCUCUGCUCCUGGCCAUCGCUGCUCGGGGACAUGUUGUCGGAUGCCGUGAACUGCUUGGGAUUCACCUGGGCCUCUAACCCCAUCUGUACCGAGCUGGAGAUGUGUGUGUUGGAUUGGCUGGCAACCAUGCUGGGUCUCCCCAGUCAGUUCCUGCACUAUCACCCUGAGAGCCAUGGAGGGGGAGUGCUGCAGAGCACGGUCAGCGAGUCAACACUGAUUGCUAUGCUGGCUGCAAGAAAGGCCAAGAUUGCUCAGCUAAAGAGCAGUGAGCCGAACACAGAUGAUGCUGUGCUCACCUCCCGUCUUGUGGCAUAUGCCUCGGACCAGGCCCACUCCUCGGUGCAGAAAGGUGCUCUCAUUGCUUUAGUGAAACUCCGCUUACUGGAGACAGGUGGUGACUUCUCUCUACGAGCUGUGACUCUGAUGCAAGCGUUGGAAGCUGAUCGAAAACGUGGUCUUGUUCCAUUCUUUCUCUGUGCCACAUUGGGAACUACGGGUGUGUGCGCAUUCGAUUGCCUGAACGAACUUGGACCCCUCUGUACCCGGGAAGGUCUGUGGCUUCACGUAGAUGCAGCGUACGCCGGCGCCGCCCUGGUGUGUCCCGAGCUCCGCGACUGUCUCCGGGGGGUGCAGCACGCCGACUCGUUCACGUUCAACCCUGCCAAAUGGAUGAUGGUUCACUUUGACUGCGCCGCGCUCUGGUGAGUCCGUUCUGCACCCCGGCCCACUGAUCAGCGCCAUACACCCACUGCCCCAAACAUUCCCCAUCUUGGCUCCCGCUGCGCUUGGAGAUUGGCGCAGCUCUACGCGAAUGAGCCAAGCUCCGAGGCUAUUCCUUCCACAGCCAUCUGCCCUCUGCUAUCACCGAGGCUGUUCCUUCCACGGCCUCUCCCCGCGGCCAUUCAUUCCAAAGCACUCCUCUCUGCUAUCCCUGUUGCCAUUUUGCUAACUCGCAACCACAGCCAUCUCCCAACCGCGAUCCCCGCGGUCACUCCUAUCCUCUAUGGACACAACUUCCGUAGCCAUUUUCCCGCUUCUAUCCCAGCAACCACUCUUACCAGACCACCCCACCCGCUGCUAUCUCCCGCGGCCAUUCUCCCCUCCACCUGCCUAGCCCAGGCCUGUUUCCCGCAGGGUCAGAGACCAGUGGAAGCUGCAGCAGACGCUCCGAGUGGGUGCCACCUACCUGCAACACGCCGACUCGGGAACGACCGUGGAC